AUGGCAGUGCAGCCUGGUUUUGUGCAAAAGCUCUACAAGAAGGCCUCUGAUUUUCAAUGUCAUGCUCGAUCAUCGACCAGUAAGAGUGACUUUGUGUCAAUGUCUUCAUAUGACACAUACCUCAGUGUGACAUACAUGGCAACUGGAAUAUGCGAGAAUGAAACACUGGGAACUGACCCCACAACAGCAUGCACCUUCAUGGCUGCGGACGGAACAGCAUGGAGCUACGAGAAACCUAAGGUUGCGCCCGCGUUUGAGGAUGUACUGGACUCCAUUGGGUCCAGAGGGAAGUUCCAGACAAGGAUCACCGUCAUCUUUAUUUGCUUUGCACAAUGCUUGAACAUGCUAAGUAUCUCUGUGUUAUAUCUCGCAGUCCAUACGCCCAAUCACUGGUGCCAUGUACCUGGCAUAGAACAUACAAAUCUCACAUUGGAGGAGUGGAAGAAUAUUACAAUCCCAAGGGAAGGAGACAUCUUCAGCAAAUGCCUGAUGUACAACCUUACCGACCCUCACCACCCCAGCACCAGUGCAAAUGUCACCAAGUGUUUGUACGGCUGGGACUACGACGACACGUGGUUCUCACUGACAGUAGUAUCGCAGAUGAAUUGGGUCUGUGACAACAAACAUGUCGUCAGUGACGUCUUGUUCUACUCCCAGAAUGUUGGAGUGGCUCUGGGACUACUCUUCGGCUAUAUUGGCGACAUGUUCGGCCGGCGGCCGCUGCUGCUGCUGUGCCUGGCGGCGCACGCGGCCAGCAGGCUGCUCACGGUGCUCACGCCGCGAGUCCUCGUCCUCUUCAUCCUCGCCGUCUCCCUGGUGGCAGGCGCAGGUGGACCUACUUUGGACUCUGCUUUGUCUGUCGGUCUAGAACUGACAGAUAAGGGACAUCGGACCGCCAUCAAUCUGCUCGCCCACUGCAGCAUGGGUGUGGGAAUGUCACUUGCUGGUUUAGUGGCCUGGCUGCUGCCCAACUGGAUCUACUUCCUCUCACUCGUCGCGGCCUGCCAACUUCCGCUAUUUGUUUUUCAUAGGUGGUUUCCUGAGUCGCCUCGAUGGUUGGCAUGCAAAGGAAAGGAGCAGCAGGCGCUAAGCGUGCUACGUCGCAUCGCGUACUGCAACAACUCUACUUUGCCUCGGUUUACCUCGCAGGUCGUACACACCGUGGGCAAGAGCAAAGCAGACAGAGUGGGCUUCCUAAGCAUCUUCUCCAGCUGGAAUGUACUCAGAAACACGGCACUGCUCAUUAUCACUAGGUCGGUGUUUGUGCUGACAUUCUACUCCCCCAUGACGGUGGCCAGCAAGCUGAGCGUAAACCCGUUCCUGUCAGUAGCGGCACAGGGCAUGGCGCAGUUUGUGGCCUACUUCGUGGUCAACUGCUGGGCGUCCCGCUUUGGACGCCGUUGGUCUGCCGUCGCAGCACCCCUGUUGGCCGGCAUUGCCAGUUGUGCCACGUUCUACAUGCUGACAGUCGAUGUUGGCAGAUCGGCGCUCGUGGUGGUAUUAACGGUGAUUGAGCUUGGAGCAACAUGCAGCGGUGGCAUGACGGACUUGCAGAGUAUUGAGCUGCACCCCACCUGCCUGCGCCAAAUCGCAGUCGCAGUGGAAUGGACAGUCGCGGGAAUCGCCCUGUGUGCCCUGCCCUACUUAACCUUAAUGGACGAUAAGCGGCUGCCUUUCGCUAUUAUCGCUGGUCUCAAUUUCCUGGCAGCUUCUAGCGUGUCAUUCCUGCCGGAGUCUGCGAUGCAGAAGUUGCCUGAAACAUUGGAAGACGCCGCAACAUUUGGGAAAGGGCAACGGUAUUGGAGCUGGAAACCCGUGCCACCUCCAGAAUACAUAAGAGAAUAA